GACUGUCGUAAUCAAUGCCUUAGCUAGAAGGGGACACUUUUAGGCAGUUGACGAUGAGUGUUGUUGGCGCAUGUGCAAGUGGGUUUACUGUGCGUUCUGGAUGGAGGGGCACUAUUUGGCAGACGCUUGGCAAUGCUGAAAAAUUUAGACAUGGAUUCAGUGCAUCGCUAGGGCGUGAGAUGCUGUGCGAGGACAUCAAGAGAUAUUUGAAUGACAAGACUGAUCCCUUUUUAAAAAAAGAUUCGCAUGUGGCGUUUUUCGACCCGUGCAGAUAUGUUGUUCAUAAGCUAAGACAAAGGCCAGUGAGCUUGACCGUUGGCUCUGUAGAUGCAGUAACAUCGUUAACAUGGGUGGCUUACCUGGCGAGCUACGUUUCCUACCAUUUAAGGUUUAAGAAAGAGAACCCAUCAUAGAAAUGGCUGCAAAUGCGAUAGUAGUAGGUUGUUCGAGGCCUAGCGCCGUUGGUAUGUUUUUAGUACAGGGUGACGUCUUUGAGUGAAUUCAUGGCAUCAUUCGCACGUUACUUGCCACGCUGAAAAAAUAUUUCAUCUCAAUUUAGCACACGACUGGUCAGGACGGAUACACCAGGCGAUGGUCACGUCCGUGAACGAGGAAAACGAGAGUGUGACGGUGGAGUGGAUCGAGAAUGGAGACACCAAAGGGAAAGAGAUUGACCUGGAGAGCAUAUUCUCGCUGAACCCUAACGUGGCCCCCGACGAGGAGAUCGCCGUGACUCCCGAGACUCCGCCCCCUCCCGCUCAGAGUGCCACCAAGGUGCCCCGCAUUGCCAAGAACCGACGAACCAUCGCUCCCCCUAAAAAUGAAACCCCUGCAAGAGACACCCGAGCAGCGUCGGCGCGGGUGCGUCCCGGCCCCCAGCAGCCCGAGCCCCCCGCCCCGCCGCAGCCAGCGCCGCCCCCCCAGGCCCCCCAGACCCCGCUGACCCAGGCCCAGGCCCAGCAGAAUGGUAGUAUCACUGACAGGUUGCGGCAGAUCCCAGCAAAAAUAGAGCAUCGAAUCUCCUCGCGGAGGAAAUCGAACUGUGUGAAGGAGGUGGAGAAGCUACAGGAGAAGAGAGAGAGGCGCCGAUUGCAGCAGCAGGAGCUGAGAGAGAAGAAGGCGCAGGAAGUUGACACUACGAUCCCCAACUAUGAGAUCAUGUACAUGAUCAGGGACUUCCGGGCCAGCCUGGACUACCGACCACUCAGCACGGCUGACCUGAUCGAAGAGCACAGGAUAUGCGUGUGUGUGAGGAAACGACCACUCAACAAAAAAGAGCUGACAGCGAAGGACCUGGACGUGAUCACCAUCCCCAGUAAGGACGUGGUGAUGGUGCACGAGCCCAAACAGAAGGUGGACCUGACCCGCUACCUGGAGAACCAGACCUUCCGCUUCGACUAUGCCUUCGACGACACCACUACUAACGAGAUGGUUUACAGGUUCACUGCCAGGCCACUGGUAGAGACCAUCUUCGAGAGGGGAAUGGCCACAUGCUUCGCUUACGGACAAACAGGAAGUGGAAAAACACAUACGAUGGGGGGAGAUUUUUCUGGGAAGAACCAGGACUGCUCUAAAGGGAUCUACGCAUUGGCUGCACGGGAUGUCUUUCUCAUGUUGAAGAAGCCGCACUAUAAGAAGUUGGAUCUGCAGGUGUUUGCCACCUUCUUCGAGAUCUACAGUGGAAAGGUGUUCGACCUGCUGAACCGCAAGGCCAAGCUGAGGGUCCUGGAGGACGGGAAGCAGCAGGUGCAGGUGGUGGGGCUGCAGGAGAGGGACGUCCGCUGCACCGAGGACGUCCUCAAACUGAUCGAAGUGGGAAACAGCUGCAGGACGUCCGGGCAGACCUCGGCCAACGCCCACUCGUCCCGCAGCCACGCCGUGUUCCAGAUCAUUCUGCGGCGGAACAGGAAGAUGCACGGCAAGUUCUCGCUCAUCGACCUGGCGGGGAACGAGCGCGGCGCGGACACGUCCAGCGCCGACCGCCAGACCCGCCUGGAGGGCGCCGAGAUCAACAAGAGCCUGCUGGCGCUCAAGGAGUGCAUCCGGGCCCUGGGGCGGAACAAACCCCACACCCCGUUCCGGGCCAGCAAGCUGACGCAGGUCCUGCGGGACUCUUUCAUCGGGGAGAACUCCAGGACCUGCAUGAUUGCCACCAUCUCUCCUGGCAUGACGUCAUGUGAGAACACGUUAAACACGCUGCGCUACGCUAACAGAGUUAAAGAGUUUGGGAUAAGUCCCUCAGACAUCCCCUUCUCCCAGAACGCUGGUGGUCGCGCUGAGCUGUCCCCCACCUAUGAGUACGAUGGCUUUGCUACUUCAACACGCAGGGUGAAGGAGCUGACCGUGGACCCCAGCGCGCCCAUCGAGGGGCGCCCCAACAUCCACUCGGUGAACCAGCUGGACGUGCUGGAGGCACAGUGGGGUGUGGGGAGCUCCCCCCAGAGAGACGACCUCAAACUGCUCUGUGAACAGAACGAAGAGGAAGUCUCCCCACAGCUGUUCACUUUCCACGAGGCCGUGUCUCAGAUGGUGGAGAUGGAGGAACAGGUGCUGGAGGACCACCGAGCCGUCUUCCAGGAGUCGAUCCGGUGGCUGGAGGAUGAGAAGGUUCUGCUGGAGAUGACGGAGGAGGUGGACUAUGACGUGGACACAUACGCAACACAGCUGGAGCAGAUCCUGGACCAGAAGAUUGAGAUCUUAACCGAGCUGCGAGACAAGGUGAAGUCGUUCCGCUCGACGCUGCAGGAGGAGGAGCAAGCCAGCAAGCAGAUCAACCCCAAACGGCCCCGCCCCCUCUGAGCUCCGCCCCCUUCCUUCUCCACGGCGCCCCCUCCUGGCCCACUCAGAGAAGGCCUGGGGGCGCCCGCGUCUGAAGGUUUCAUGAAGGAUUGCGUCCGUCAGUCUGUCAGCGCUGACCGUGAAUAAAUAUCAAACCUGCACAACACAACAACAAAAAAAAGAAGAAAAACUCACAACAGCGCCCCCCGGUGGUGGUACCACUCCAGCACGUCCUUUACCUGUCACCACCUGGGAUCUGUCCGAGGAGCUCGCUCGUUCUGUCCACCCUGCCGUCCACGAAAAAGAAACGGGGGAGGAAAAAAACAAA